CUAAACUGUCAGUUGUUAAAUUUGACAGUUUUCUGACAUUGAUUCACUUUCGUUCUCCCCCUCCUCACCUCUUCUCCCCUCUUUCUUCCGAAAUUUGUGGACCGAACCAUGGCUGCCGGGGUACUAUACACUUAUCCGGAAAAUUUCCGCGCCUACAAGGCGCUUAUCGCCGCACAGUAUUCUGGGGCCGACGUCAAAGUAGCCCCCAACUUUGUAUUCGGGGAAACUAACAAAUCAGAAGACUUUCUGAAGAAGUUCCCCACCGGAAAAGUACCUGCGUUUGAGAGUGCCGAUGGAAAGGUUUUGCUGACGGAAAGCAAUGCCAUAGCCUACUACGUUGCCAACGCAGCCCUGCGUGGCAAUGACCUGAAGACCCAAGCUCAGAUCUGGCAGUGGGUGUCGUGGGCUGACAGCGAGCUGCUACCUGCUUCUUGUGCGUGGGUGUUCCCAUAUCUUGGCAUAAUGCAGUUCAACAAACAGAACGUGGAGCGCGCGAAGAACGACCUGCUGUCGGCGCUGCGCACGCUGGACGCGCACCUGCUGACGCGCACCUUCCUCGUCACCGAGCGCGUCACGCUGGCCGACAUCAUCGUCUUCUGCACGCUCAUACACGCCUUCCAGCACGUGCUGGAGCCGGGCGCGCGCGCGGCGCUGCGCAGCGUGACGCGCUGGUUCGCGACGCUGGCCGCGCAGCCGCCCGUGCGCCGCGCGCUCGGCGCGCUGGAGCUCGCGGCGCAGCCGCCCGUCUACGACCCCAAAAAGUUCCAGGACUUGCAAAAGAAGGAUAAUGCCAAGAAAGAGAAAAAGGUAGAGAAGAAGGAGUCGAAGCCCAAAAAGGAGAAGGAGCCGCAGCCCGAGGACGACCUGCUGGAGGAGGAAAAGCCCAAGGAGUCUAAGGAUCCAUUUGACUCCAUGCCUAAAGGAACCUUCAACAUGGACGACUUCAAGCGCUGCUACUCCAACGAGGACGAGGCCGUGUCCGUGCCCUACUUCUGGCAGAAGUUCGACCCCGAGCACUACUCCAUCUGGUUCGCAGAGUACAAGUACCCCGAGGAGCUGGCCAAGGUCUUCAUGAGCUGCAACCUUAUCACAGGCAUGUUCCAGCGGCUGGACAAGAUGCGCAAGCAGGCGUUCGCGUCCGUCUGUCUGUUCGGAGAGGACAACGACUCCAGCAUCUCCGGCGUGUGGGUGUGGCGCGGACAGCAGCUGGCCUUCCCGCUCUCACCCGACUGGCAGAUCGACUACGAGUCGUACUCGUGGACGAAGCUGGACCCCAGCAGCGAGCGCACCAAGGCGCUGGUGCAGCAAUACUUCUCGUGGUCGGGCGCCGACGCGCGCGGCCGCAACUUCAACCAGGGCAAGAUCUUCAAAUGAUCUACAGACUUACCAAGUGUGCAAAAGAUAUAAUGAAUCUAUGCUCGUGUCAAAUUGCAUUUAUUUGUGAUCUUCCGUGAACAAUCUUAUAUGAUGCCAGCUUUGAAAUAAACAAAUUGUUUUUUUAUUUAUUAA